AUGCACUCGCUUGUUCACUGGGCCGGCGUUGCAGCGUGUUUGUGGGUUGCUGGCUGGCUUCUAGUGUACUGGCUCACGGGGAGCUGGUUGGGCUACAUUAGCAUCAAUAACGGGGUAUCGUUUAAUCAUGUUUGUUUGAAGCUGAGCAGACUCAAAGUUUACGCUGGCUCCGUACGGUUCCGUCUAUGGGGGAACUCAAAACGGAUGAUAAUCACAGACUUGCGGGUGGAAAUUCUCCCGAACCAAGAUAACGGUAAGACGAAAAGGACGACUCUGCAGUCGAAAGGUAGUCCACUUGACAGCUCAGAGCCAAUUUCGAUUUUUCCAAGGAGAUUUCACUGGUUCUUUAGAUUUCUUCUAUGGCACUUCCCCACAGUCGACGUGGAGCUCAAGCUGUCGCAAUUGGUGCUUUCACGAGACUUAGUGGAACUCGAGAGGGCUCAUUUGGUCUUAAAAAAGCAGACAAACGCUCACAGGAAGAAAUCUUUGUAUCUUGCGCUCGACGUGGCUUGCCAAAACAUCUUGUCGUCGCCGCAGCUGGCUGCCUCAAAGGUGCCUCCGUUAUCCAUAGGAACGAUCAAUGUCCAGGCUAAAACAACCGUGAGUCCUUCAGACGGGGUGGUCAACGAUACGAUAGUUCAGCUAUUUUUGGACAAUCUGGAGGUUGGAGCGUUUCAGAUCCUCAGACACCUCUUCCAAGAGGACAAGGAGGAUGCACCUUCGCCGGCUACUGAAUCCAAAGCCAUCUCCAGAGAACAGCAGCUUCAAAAGUCAGUGGAUAAGCUCACGCGUAUCCAUCAAAGGAUCUCUCUGACGUUCAAGGAGGUCUCUUUCAAUAUCAGCAACUCUCGCAUAUUAGGGAUCCCAUGUAUCCCCACUUCUUCUACGUGUGAUUUGGAAGAAUACUUCUCUCAUGUUGAUCCAUCGCUAUCUUUCACUAUAUCAGUGAAAUCCUUGGCUGUCCAGGCUUCCCAUCUAGCUAAUACCGCUGCAGGAUUCAUGGCCCUUUUUAAUAACAAACUCGACAGGCCUAUUCAUUUGACCACAUCUGCUGUACUUUUACAGAUGUUUUUUGUUACGAGAAAAUUUGAUGAAACUACAAAGCUGUGGCACUCCGAUGUCGACGAGUUCCUCAACAUACCUAAUCUAGGGUUCUCCCUCAAGACUAACUUCCUCGAUCACUUGGCAAAAGGAUACGGAUUCAAAGACUGUACGAUGGAGCUCUACUCCUCCGUUAGCAAUCCUGUCUUAGACCUCAGCGUCAGUCAGAUAGCCUUGCUUUCAUAUAAUCGUAUCUUGGCACAGAAGGUGAUGAUUCUUCGGAAGCUCGCCAAAACACAACACCAGAGAACUCCUUCUGUCGGCACUCCACCUGGGGAUGAUCUUGACGACCAAUCUCGUUCCAACUCUGACUCCAGUCCUGAGACCCCUGUGGCUCACAGAUUUGACACUCCUUACGACUCGACUAAGCACCCACCCACCACUCUUUUGGAUAAGGCUGUCAGCCUACUUAAUGAAUACUACCCCCAGAUUGGCAUAAAGAUCACAGUUGAACAGCCACAGUAUGUUAUUCGUCUGGAUGGCGAGCAAGUCAAGUUGGUAGACAUCUCUUAUUCAUUAAUGUAUUUUCAUUUGCUUACAACAGCAAAGAACGAUUACGAUGCCAACUGCCAUGUGCUUCAUCCGUGUCUUAAGUUCUCUAGAAAGGUUGAUAUUCCUAGAGCUGAUGAAAAUCCACGUAUAAGCGAAGAAGUGAUUGGGUGUAAUAAUGCAGAGCUCAGGUUCCACGUUUUAAAGAACCUUCGUCUAAAAGUUUCAGGUUUAGUCGAGAAUACCUUCGUCAACCUAGGUAAACCUGACGUGCUUAAUGGACUCAAUGAAAUUAUCACUAGUGUGACGAAGAUCACAUUCUUGAACUUACGCAAUGGUUCGGUUAAUCAGUUUUUAAAUAAUCGUCUAGUCGAAAAUUUUGGGAGUGAGCCUUCAAAGAAGUCACAUCGAUCCAAGAAUGACAAGCGUUUUACAAUGAGCAAAUUCUACAGAACCUUGCCAUCUUGGUUCGUAUCUGCGAAGUUCGAAGUAAAUGGUCUUCAAGCAGUGCUUGGGUCUACUUCACCACUUUUACCUCCAGAGCUCAUUGCUGAAUUAUCAAAGAAGUCUACAGCUUUCAUGACCGACUCAGAGCAACUAAUCGAGCUAAAGAUUCUCCAUCACCACAUGGAGAUCAUCAACGAAGAUGUCUCACUCAUGAAAAAUCGUCACGAAUAUAGUAGCUCAGAAUCACUGGAGACACUUGCCCUUUCUACUGAGGGCUCUCUAUUUUGGAAGGUACUGGCGGGCCUCAGAGGGCUCUCCCUUCAUGCAAAGAAAAAGGCUACCAGAAGUUCCCCUUUGCUCACGGUUAAUGAGUUUGGUGCAUCGAUUGCCGCUUUGAGACUUGAUGAGGGGAACGAAAUGAUUGUUGAUUCUAAGAUUGACGAAAUUGGAGGCUCAGUCGAUAGAAAGAAAGUAUUCACGAUUCUUGGGCUGAUACAUUUAAUUUUACAGACCAUUGUCUUUCCGGUGAAAGAGAUAAAAGCUGAAAUAAGGAAGGACUUGGAACAAUUCCAGAGGCAUGAAAGGAGAGGAAGUUUUGUGGAGGAAGGUGGAGUUGUGAGAUUCCAAUUCAGUCUCGGCAAAAUCAAUUAUCUUGCCAAGCUUUCAGACGAGUUCAAACUUCGUUUACAGGCAUUUGGCGCAAACUUUACAUCCAGAAACAAUGUCUUUGAUUCGAACGUUAACUUCAUUCGUCUUUUGGCAGAUUCGCCUCAUCACAAGAAUUUGUGGUGCAGACUUGCAUGCGUUGACUCCAUCACCAUCAAGCUUAAUGACCCACAGGAAGAUGAGAAUAUCAUGAUUUAUUCAUCUCAUGUACGCUUCUUCCAACCGAAUUCAUUUGUUGUUUAUAAGCUUUUCGAUAAUAUCUCUAUCUUCAUGAAGAUUAUCAAGCACCUUGUGAAAUGCCUUAACUCGGAAAAGAAGAGUACAGUUGUAUUCCCUACUGAGUCUCCUCCACUCAAGGUGCCAAAUGUGAGAUUCUGUGCAACAAAUUUGACAUACCUUAUGGAAGACGAUCCUUUUGAAGUUGAGCUUGGCUUGCAAUUUCAAUUGGGCUUGGUUGAGCAGAGAAAGCGAAUGGACAUGCUUUCUGCUUUAGAAGAGAAAGUCAAGCAAAUGAAGUUGACGGAAGAAGAAUUUGAUCAAGCUCUUUGCCGAGUACGUUCUACGAUUUCCGAUCUGUGGAUCAGGAAAGUCAGGGCUUACAAAGACUCCUUGACCAGGGAAAUUGAGGAAAACAACAGGUAUAUUGUUGGCAAUGAGCUUGAUAUCCCAGAGAGUGAUAAUGACAGAAUCGUUGGGUAUCCCUUCGUUCCACCACUAUUGAAAAUUGUGAUGUCAGACCUUGAUAUCCUCAUAAAGUCUCCAGAAUUCCCAAUCUCGGAAAUCUCCCAAUAUAUCCAUGAUGUCGGUCAAGGUGUUCCCAAAGACACGAAAUACAACCUCAUGCUUCCAACUUACAUCGAUAUGCACGUCAACGAGUUGAGAAUGCACCUUAGAGACUAUCCUCUUCCCUUGCUCCAUUUGCCUAGAGCGUUGGAUGCUAAAGGAAGAGGAAGAGCUUUAAUGAUGAAGGGUCAUCUUGUCAUUGGCGAAGCACUCUGCCUCGAAAAGGAACAUUUGAGGCAAAUGGAGGUUCAGUUGAGCGAUCCUUCGAGUGACUUGAACAAUGAUCUUCACAAGUAUGACCAUCUCACCAUCAACAAAUCCUUGAGUUCUGUGAAGAUCUAUACCGAUAUGGACGUCCAAUUUGACUCGAAUGGUCCCUGUCGUUUUGUUUGGGGUCAAGCUUACCAGUUUGGCAUUCAACAAGUUAUGUUGAACUUCGACUCGUUUUCUAAACCUCCUGUGGACCCGUCAAAUAAACUUGGUUUCUGGGAUAAGUUGCGUAUGCUUCUUCAUGGGAAAUUUUCAAUUCGAGCACAAGGAUCCACUCAAGUCGAGGUUGCAUUUAAGGGUGGAAGAGACCCGUACGAUCUCUUCCCUCAGUCUGCUGGGUUUAUUCUCUCUUUCAAGGAUGAAGUGAUUUGGAGAAUCAAUCAUCAUGACGACUCCUUGAGAUUCUUCGAUAUCCUGGCCAAGACAGUUUCUUGGUAUGUGCCAAAUUACUUAGCUGCUCCCUUAAUGUCAUGGACAAGGGACAGCUCGAAGUCUAUUUUUCUCCCCGAUUUCCACCAAAUGAUCAAUACGGUGCAUGGUUAUUAUUUGUUGAGAACCCGUAGCCAUCCAACUUCCGAGGAUGCUGAAAACCCUAACAUUAAUAUUGAAGAGAAGAUGGCAAUCCAGUUGAGCGGUGGAAUUCGGUAUGUCGUCGGUUUUCUCCUACAAAGGCAGUCUUCUGAUGGAGGAGUGACAAAUGACUGUGUUCCCCACUAUGAUAUUGUACCGUUCAAUCCAGAAUACACUUCUGAAGACCACGAUACGUAUAAGUAUUUCAGAAGUAUUAAGCUACAUAUGACCAUGUCGUUGGCUGCACAUACAGAUGACAGUUAUAACACAAUUCAUUUGAGUCCUGGAACAUUUAACAUAUUCUUCAAGUGGUGGAGCAUGUUCCAAGGUAACAUGAUGCUCCCGAUCAGAAAGGGAAUUGUCUUUGGCGAAAAGAAGGCAAGCCCGAAGUUCUCUCAGCACUUAUUUCUGAAUAAGUUUUUGUUCAAUGUCAGAAAUUUAUUCAUCAGUCACAUUUAUCGUGGUGACUACUUUGAUCAGGACGAGGAUUACGUUGAGUGUUUUGGUCUAAGAGCUCGCGUCAAAGACUUCACCGUUGAUUUGCAUCAGGAAAAAGAGGAACGUAUCUCAUUACACAAGUCUUCUGGUAAAGAAAUCAAAGCUUUGAAAAUGAUUAUGAAGCUAGGCGAAGUUAGUCUAUCUGAGAUCGAUAUGCGUCUGAUGCAUGCAAAGAUCUUUAAGGAUGUCUAUCACCCAGGCCUGAAGAAGCAUGGGCACUGCAAGGUCAAGAUUUUUGACAAUAACCGCCAGUGGUUCGAUCCUAGAGACUUCCAUGAGGCCUUCAUUUCAAAAAGAGUAGAAACAUUCAAGCUCGUUGAAGUUCACCCAAUGGCAUACUCUGAAAGGUUUUCAUACAUUAAGGAUACUACCAAUAUAUCACCAGGACGGAAAGAUGAAUCAGAUAGAACUCAUGACUGCAAGUUAAACAUGCAAGACAUCCACAGCCCACAGAUCAAUGUGCUCAAGCGAAGGCUUGCUGAUUUGGAGCUGGUAAGUCCGCGAGAUAGAGACAGUGACAUCAAAAGAAGAAUCAGUGCUUUGAAGGUUUUCAUCAGGAAAGUCAACGAAGAAAAAGAGCAUACGAGCAGACGACAGAGUGUUCAAGAAAACGUUAAGAAGAAAGAACAUUUUCAGAACCGUUUUAUUGUGACCUCAAUGCUUUUUAAAUGGAACGUGAAGAUUCGAGACAUUUUCAUCAAGUACUUAUUAUUCGCCCAGAUGAAAGCCAAAUCACGCAAGUUGCUUUCGUAUGAGUUUGUCAGCAUGUUGGAGAAAAUUGUCAAUAACGAAGACGGCCGCUCGGACCGAUUCUCCAUAGUUUCGUCAUCCGUUGGCGGGGAAUCAGUGAGAGAUAGGAAACUCAGUCAGACACUGAUGGGUGUUGGUAGCUCCCAAGAACGCUUAGACAAUUUUGAUGCUAUCCUAAGAGAUGUCGCAGGCGAUGAGAAGAUAGCAGAAGAUUACAAGAUCGAGGUCAUUGGUGUGCAAAUUCAGUUCCAUACAGAAGAGGUCAUGGACACUGUUUCAAUCUUAUCGGCACCAUUGUUAGAACUGAAGAUACUCUCAGUUCUUCCUAAGAGUGAUAAUCCUUUGGUCAUAAAUACCACAGUUCCUGAAAGGAGGCACGGUGUCUUGCUUCACGAAGCAAGUGUGUCUGUGCUCGAGAGGAAAGACGUGGAGCAUGGACAUAGCAUAUUGGAGGCAAAUCCCUACGGCAGUAUCUCCAACUGGCCACCUUGGCUUGGUGCAGAGACUUGCAAGGACAGUUCACUCAUUAAUAAGACGUUCUUGCCAAUUGAGCGAAUGUCGGUGAUGAUUACAUACGAUAAGGUCAUGUCAGUCAACGAGGAUAAGUCUGAGGACGAAAUCGAAAGAAAUGCUGAUGACAAAACUUUGGAAGAGCAGGCAGACUCCUCGCAAAAUAAGCUUCGCGUGGAUAUACCGAAGGUGAUGAUCACAUCUACUUCGAAGCAGUAUCUUGCACUUUACGCUACUGCUCUUAACUUGUUUCACUACUCCGACCCACUCACAAGUCAACUCAAAGAAAAGCUUUCGAAACUCAAUUUCCAAACGGAGUUCGAAGACUAUCAUGCAAUGCACCAACGUUUGGUGAAUCUACAUUGUUAUCUGAUGACGCUCGGAACUUUAUUAAGGGGCUACGGUUACAGACACGAGUAUCUAGAGAAUGAGGAGCUCAACCAGUUCCUAUUCCUCAAUUCUGAGCUGGACGAUACAAUUAACGAAAUUAUGUUCACGGUGGAAGCGUUGCUUAUGCGGGAUGCCUUCAAUGACUCGUCCAGACAGACCGUCGCUGAUUGGAUUAUCGGUACGGACGAGAUUGUUCUUCACAUGUUACAAGAUGACAAGCAACCGAUUUUGGACCUAAGAAUUGAGGGCGGGACGUGUAAGAGAGUGUUGAUGGAUGACAAUUCGAACGACAACAGAGUGCAGAUCAAGAACAUUCAGGGUAACAACUUGGUGAGGGGUGCGCCGUACAAACGAUUUGUUGAGCCAGUGUAUCCACCCGAUGAAGAUGAUCUCAUCACUGUCGAUUGGUCAAUGCAAAAGCCUAUUGGUGGGAUCAAGAUAAUUGAGAACUUUGAGAUCAAAUCUAGGCCGUUGAAAAUUAGAGUUGACGAGGUGACUGGAAGACAAUUGAUGCAAUUUAUCUUCCAGACAGACAAAGAGAGUGAGAUAGAGAAGAGUACUUUGAUCAAGAUGAAUAAUGACUUGAAGAACAAGGACGACAAGGAUGAGAAAGAAGACGAUGAAGCGAACAAAGAAAACAACGAGGACAUUGACGACGACGCACUAUCAGAGCAGGCGUCUCUCACGAGUACGACUGCCAUUUCAGAGAAAGAUACGAGGCUUGCUGUCUCACGAACAAAGACCAAAACAGUCAAAAAGAAAAGUUCUAUGAAAGAGUCAUCAUUUUCUAGCGGAGAUAUGGGAGACUUUGAAGAAGACGUUGGCAAGAUGAUUGAAAGAUCAAAAAAGUAUUUUAGUGUUACUAAUAUGAACUUUCAGCCCUUUGAAGUGAUGAUAUCUUUGAAGCUCAAACGAGGAUUUAGAAGAUUGUUGAACGUAACCGACUUCACUUUGCAGCUUCCGGGCUUUCACGUUGAAAAGGAGCUCUUGUCGAUGUUGGACGUUGUGGAGAUGAUGAAAUCAAUGUUGAUCAAAUCACUCUUUUCACAUAGUGGUCAGCUCUUGAAGAACAUGAUGAAGACCAGUCGGCACAAUCGCAAAAAAGACCGUUAUUUGCGCAAAGAAGCUGAACGGAUUCAAACUCAAACAAAGGACGGGACACACGUCUCCGGGUACCAAAUUCAAGACAAUCUGGGUUCAGAUAUCCCCUACAAAACUACUGAGGAACUUGUGCAAGGCCAAGUGAGGGCGUGA